UAAUUUUGGAGUUUGGGAUUCCGCUCGCAGCGACUCCUUGCGGACAUCGCGGUAACGACCUUCCUUUUUCCCGUGUUUCGCUAGCGUGUAUGCUUCGACGAUAAACACAAAAUAAAUCGCAGCCAUGGUGCGUAUGAACGUUUUGAGUGACGCUCUGAAAUCCAUUAACAAUGCCGAGAAGCGCGGCAAGAGGCAAGUCCUCAUCCGCCCCAACUCAAAGGUGAUUGUCAAAUUCCUCACAGUAAUGAUGAAACAUGGCUACAUUGGUGAGUUUGAAAUUGUGGAUGAUCACAGAAGUGGCAAAAUCGUCGUCAACCUAACUGGCAGGCUGAACAAGUGCGGCGUCAUUUCGCCCCGAUUUGAUGUGCCCAUCACUCACAUUGAAAAGUGGACUAACAAUCUGUUACCGUCCCGUCAAUUUGGAUAUGUUGUCCUUACCACCAGUGGAGGUAUUAUGGACCAUGAAGAAGCUAGGAGGAAACAUCUUGGAGGAAAAAUCUUAGGAUUCUUCUUCUAAUGUUAAUUUAAAUAAUAAAAUCAUAAAAACGUGAAACUUAA